CUUUAGAACCCUCUAGAAUCCCCCAACUUUCUUCACACUUUAAGUAAUCCGUUCAAUAUAAAAACCCCUUUCGAUCUUUGAUUCUACUUGCUGUUGAUCCAACUGUUUGUCUCUCUGAUUUGCUUGUUUUUGGUGGAAUACUUUGUGUUUGUAACUUGUUGCGAGUGAAAUGGAUGAGGAUUUCGAUAUUCCGGCAGCUGAGGAGAUGAACGACGAAUUUAUGGAUGAUAUUGAAGCGCCGGUGACGUUGAAGGUUGGAGAAGAGAAGGAAAUCGGUACUCAAGGUUUGAAGAAGAAGCUUCUUAAGGAAGGUGAAGGUUGGGAUACGCCUGAAAGUGGGGACGAGGUUGAAGUUCAUUAUACUGGAACAUUGCUCGAUGGGACUCAAUUUGAUUCUAGUCGUGAUAGAGGAACACCAUUUAAGUUCACUCUCGGCCAAGGGCAAGUAAUUAAGGGAUGGGAUCAAGGUAUCAAGACAAUGAAGAAAGGUGAAAAUGCCCUUUUCACCAUCCCUGCCGAUCUGGCUUAUGGUGAAAGUGGUUCUCCUCCUACAAUUCCUCCGAAUGCCACCCUUCAGUUUGACGUGGAACUGCUCUCCUGGGUUAGUGUCAAGGACAUUUGCAAGGAUGGUGGGAUCUUCAAGAAGAUUGUGAAGGAAGGAGAGAAGUGGGAAAACCCUAAAGACCUUGAUGAAGUUUUGGUCAAUUAUGAGGUUCAACUUGAGGACGGGACUCUAGUUGCAAAAGCGGAUGGAGUGGAGUUCACAGUACAAGAAGGCCAUUUCUGUCCUGCUAUUAGUGCGGCUCUUAAAACAAUGAAGAAGGGAGAAAAGGUUGUUCUUACAGUCAAACCACAAUAUGGAUUUGGGGAGAAAGGGAAACCUGCCUCUGGUGAUCUUGGUUCAGUCCCGCCAAAUGCUACACUGCAAAUCACACUGGAACUUGUAUCGUGGAAGGUCGUCUCAAAUGUCACAGAUGACAAGAAAGUUGUCAAGAAAAUCUUGAAAGAAGGCGAGGGAUAUGAGCGGCCAAAUGAAGGAGCUGUUGUUCAGGUGAGUUUGAUUGGUAAGCUACAAGAUGGUACUGUAUUCAUCAAAAAAGGUCACGAUGACUUCGAGCCUUUGGAUUUCAAAGCAGAUGAAGAGCAAGUGAUUGAUGGGUUGGAUAGAGCUGUGAUGACAAUGAAGAAAGGGGAAGUAGCUCUUGUGACAAUUGAGCCAGAAUAUGGGUUCGGUUCUACUGGUUCCAAGCAAGAAUUAGCAGUAGUGCCCCCUAAUGCUACCGUGACCUACGAAAUUGAGCUUAUCUCCUUUAUUAAGGACAAAGAAUCUUGGGACAUGAACACCCCAGAAAAGAUUGAAGCUGCUGGCAAGAAAAAGGAAGAAGGAAAUGCAUUCUUUAAAGCUGGUAAAUAUUUGAAAGCUGUGAAGCGAUAUGAGAAGGCUGCUAAGUUCAUAGAGUACGAUACUAAUUUUGAGGAAGAGGAGAAGAAACAAGCAAAAGCAUUGAAGGUCACUUGCAACCUCAAUAAUGCUGCUUGCCAGUUGAAACUUAAAGAUUACAAGCAGGCUGAAAAACUUUGCACCAAGGUGCUGGAACUCGAGAGUACAAAUGUGAAGGCACUGUACCGAAGAGCUCAAGCUUACAUCAAUGUAGCUGAUCUGGAUCUUGCAGAGCUGGAUAUCAAAAAAGCCCUUGAGAUCGACCCUAACAACAAGGAUGUGAAACUUGAAUACAAAGUACUGAAGGAAAAGAUUAAAGAAUACAAUAAGAAGGAUGCUAAAUUUUAUGGAAAUAUGUUUGCCAAAAUGACCAAAUCAUCCUCCAACAAAUCGGGUACGAAGGACGCAGAACCAAUGAGCGUCGACAGCAAGGCCUAAUAACUAUAAAAAGAAAGAUGGUUGGCAAGGAUAUAUGAUGAUGUUGGAAGUGUCAAGAGUCUUCUGGUAAUUUUAUGGUCUAGUGCUCUUAUUUGAUGGGCAUCUUUAGAAAAAAAAGUCCUCUUUUUCUUUCACUUGGAAUUGAGAAUGUGAGCUACUAAUUCACGAUGAAGAUGCGAGAUUUAGUUUGGUUUGAUGGUGCAAGUUUUUUAUUUAUUGUAUGAUCUGCUGCUUAAAUGGUUCCAGAUUUACAAACGUUUAUCAGGUAAAUAAGCAACAGAACUAAAAUCUCGUAUACGAA